AUGUCUUCUUCAUCUGAAGAGGAAAAAAGUAAGCCGGCGAUAUACGUGAACGGAAAACGAUACGAGUUACGAGACGGCAUCGGGGAAACCACUUUGCUGGAGUUUUUACGCGAUGUACGUUUAACGGGGACGAAACUCGGGUGCGGCGAAGGCGGGUGCGGGGCGUGUACCGUCGUCGCGUCCUCAAUCACGGGGUAUGAUAAAAAGACGGACCAAUUUUCGUACGCGCACAAAGCGGUCAACGCGUGUUUAGCGCCGAUAUACGCGUUCGAAGGACACCACGUGAUUACGAUCGAAGGCCUCGGGAACGCGAGGGAUGGCUUGCAUCCAGUGCAGAUGGCCAUCGCGAACGCGCACGGGUCGCAGUGCGGGUUUUGUACACCCGGUUUUGUCAUGUCCAUGUACGCGUUGUUGUUAAACGCGCGAAGCAAGAAUACCGCUGCUGAAAAUGCGUUGAUAUCGCCGCACGACAUCGAGGAGGCGUUGUCCGGGAACUUGUGCAGAUGCACCGGAUACAGGCCUAUUUUGAAAGGAUUCGUGGACGCGUUCGUGGAGAAUAAGGUGUAUUCGCAAGAAACUAUCGAUGGGGACGUAUCGAACUCGUUUAAGAAAUCCGUGAAAGUUUCAGACGGGACGGUGCCUAUAUGCGCGAGCACCGGGCAACCGUGCACGAACGGAUGCGGCGGCGACGGUGAAAAGACUGAUGAGAAUGCGAGCAGCAGAAACGUCGAAAACGGAGCGAAUGGUGGUACUACUAAUGCUGCAAUCAAAGAACCAUUGUUUCCGAUCGAAUUAAAGCGACGCGCGAAAGCAGGAACCGGACCUUUAGCCGCGCUCGCGUUUCACGGCGGAGAUGCGAUUACAGAUUCCGUGCACAACGACGGCGUGAAAUGGCACCGACCGACGAGUUUGAAAGAGUUACUGGAUUUGCGAGACGCAUAUCCUGGAAACGAGUCUAAGAUUGUUUGCGGAAAUACGGAAAUUGGCGUUGAAAUCAAGUUUAAAAAAGCUCUUUACCCGAGACGCAUUCACGUUUCUGGAAAUACGAUCGAAGAACUCGAUAGAAUUAGCAUGAAUUACGACAACGGCGAAGCUGUUUUUGGAGCGGCUAUUUCUCUGUCGGAUUUGGAGCGCGCGUGUUGCGGCAAAGAAGCUUCUCAAGUGGAAAGAUUCCGAGCUAUUUCCAAACAAUUGAAAUGGUUCGCCGGGAGGCAAAUUCGAAACGUCUCCACGCUCGGCGGUAACAUCGUAACCGGGUCGCCGAUUUCAGAUUUGAACCCAAUAUGGUUAGCUUUAGACGCUAUGUUUGUUGUGACGUCCAAGAAAGGCGGGGAUCGAUACGUGAAAGCGAGAGAUUUCUUCUUAGCUUAUAGGAAAGUCGAUUUAAAACCAGACGAAAUCUUAAAGCAAGUCGAAUUGAAAGCGUUCAACGAUACCGACUACACCGGAACUACCGCGGCGACGACUAAAGAGUAUUUUCACGAGUACAAACAAUCGCACAGGCGCGAGGACGAUAUCGCCAUCGUCACGUGUGGCGCGCGAGCACUUUUUAACACGAGUACUGGUGAAUGCUUAGAUUUCUCUCUCGGUUUCGGAGGCUUGAGUUUCAAAACAAUCUUCUGUUCACAGACAGCGAACGGGAUGGUCGGGAAACACAUGACGAAAGAAACGCUGGAUUUUCUCAUGAGCGCAAUUGAGAAGGAAUGUUUUGUGGACGAGAGCGCACCCGGAGGGAUGUCCCAAUAUCGAAUCACGCUCGCAAAAUCCUUUGCGUUUAAGUUUUUCUUACACUGCGUGAGCGAUUUGAGAACUGUCGUGGACAGUUCUUCUUCUUCUUCUAUAUACGAACUUCAACAAAACGAACUUUCCUCUCUCGGACGAAACGAGCGACAAUCGGUGGUCUCUGGAGCGCAAUAUUUUACGAAAAAGCCAAACGGUGAAGUCGUUGGACAACCUCUGGCGCAUAAAUCCGCGCAUAUACAGGCGUCUGGAGAAGCAAUCUAUUGCGACGACGCCGCGAAACCUGAAGGGUGCGUGCACGCCGCUUUGGUUUUAUCUACCAUCGCGCACGGAAAGAUUCUCUCGGUGGACAGCGCGCGCGCCGUGGAAAGUAUCCCAGGCGUGCUCGGAUACUUUUCCGCGAAAGAUAUUCCCAAAAAUGGAACCAACAUUAUCGGCCCGAUUGCACACGACGAGGAGAUUUUUGCCACGGAAUACGUCACGUGCGUUGGUCAAGUCAUCGGUGUCGUCGUCGCGGAAACGAGAGCGUUGGCGUUGAGAGCCGCGGCUGCGGUGAAAAUCGAAUACGAGAUUCUUGAACCGAUUUUAUCCAUCGAAGACGCGAUUGCGAAAAAAUCAUAUUACACCGACGAAAUGAUUGGCAUGCGAGGUUUUCUUGGACACGCUUUGCAUUCCGGAAACGUCGACGAUAUUUUUGCAAACGAGGAAGAAAAUAUCAAAAUCAUCUCCGGAUCAACGCGAGUCGGCGGUCAAGAACACUUCUACCUCGAACCGAACGCAUGCGUCGUAGAAGUUACCGACAACGAUGAGGUAGUCACGAUUUCGUCCACGCAGUGUCCGAUGAAACACCAAGCGUACAUCGCGGACUGUUUAGGUUUCUCUCGAAAUAAAGUCACGUGUAAGGCGAAACGUUUAGGCGGCGGUUUCGGAGGGAAAGAGUCGCGCUCGGGAUUCAUGAACGUCGCAAUUGCUGUACCGGCGUACCAUUUGCGUAGGCCAGUCUCCUUAGUUUUAGACCGCGAUGUUGACAUGCAAAUCACCGGCCAUCGGCACAGUUUCCGAGGCGACUGGAAGGUGGCUUUUGAUGUGAAGAGUGAGAAGAUACUCGCGCUGGAUGUUAAAAUUUACAACAAUGCGGGUAAUUCGCUCGAUUUAAGUUCAUCUGUUCUCGAUAGGGCAAUCUUGCACGUAGAUUCCGCGUAUAACAUUCCAAACUUACGUGUUGAAGGUUACUGUUGCAAGACAAACUUACCUUCAAACACAGCGUUUCGAGGAUUUGGUGGUCCGCAAGGUAUCAUGAUUGGAGAAUCUGUCUUGGACGACGUCGCGCGACAUUUAAACGUCGCGCCUGAUGCUUUGAGAGAAAACCAUCUGUAUCAUGAAGGAGACCUCACGCAUUUCGGACAAAAGCUUAUCGACUGUCAAGUUCGUAGUUGCUGGGAAGAGUUGAAAUGUAAGCGCGAAGCAUCUUUUGCCGAUCGAAGGAAAGCGGUUGAAACGUUCAAUCAGACGAGUAAAUUCAAAAAGAGAGGCUUCGCCGCGACGCCGGCCAAGUUCGGCAUCGCAUUUACCGCUUUGUUUUUGAAUCAAGCUGGUGCACUCGUGAAUGUCUAUUUAGACGGUACCGCUGGUGUCUCUAUUGGCGGUGUCGAAAUGGGACAAGGUUUGUUUACGAAAGUGGCGCAAAUCGCCGCGAAAAACUUGGGCGUUCGUUUCGAAGAUGUUCACGUCCUCGAGACGAGCACGGAGAAAGUACCAAACGCAUCACCGACAGCUGCUUCGGCGAGUUCGGACAUGUACGGCGACGCCACCGAGGACGCGUGUUUGCAAAUCAUGGAACGCUUGAAACCAAUUCGAGAGAAAAUGGCUAAAGACGCGUCGUUUAAAGACAUCGUCAACUCGGCCUAUUUCCAACGCAUCGAUCUCUCCGCGCACGGUUGGCAUGUCACGAAAAAUCUAAACUGGGAUUGGUCCGUAGGAAAAGGCGAACCGUUUAAUUACUACACUUACGGUGCGGCGUGUUCAGAAGUCGAAGUCGAUUGUUUGACUGGCGAUGUGAACGUUUUGCGCACUGAUAUUGUCAUGGAUGUUGGCGAUUCGAUCAACCCGGCGUUGGAUAUUGGCCAAGUCGAAGGCGGGUUUGCGCAAGGUUUAGGUUGGAUUUUAUUGGAAGAGUUGAAGUACGGCGAUUCGAAAAACGGACAUAAAUGGAUUAAAGAUGGCGUAAAUUUCACGAGAGGACCAGGCACGUAUAAAAUUCCAACCGCCAACGACGUUCCGGAGGAGUUCAACGUCACUUUAUUACACGAUUCCAAGAAUCCGCGAGCUGUGCAAAGUUCCAAAGCCGUCGGUGAACCACCAUUUUUACUCGGGAACUCGGUAUAUUUCGCCGUGAAAGAUGCGAUAUACUACGCGAGACAAGAAGAUGAGAACGAGAAAAACGAAGGAGCGUUUAGUUUAGAUUUACCGUGUACUCCAGAGCGCGUGCGUAUCGCUUGCGGCAACGCGUUUGCCUACGGUAGUCGCGAUUACAAGACGCGCAUUACGAUUUAG